UGCAGCCUUGCGCAAGUGUUGCGGUCUUGCCAAUCGCAAAUUCGGCGAGCCAGUGUCGACAACCUUUGAACCACCACCGCUCCCUCCCACAACCCCCAAACUCAAUCCUUCCCCGGAUUCAGCUGCAACAGUCGCACAUCAUGGAGGAGGAAAACAACUCGGCCGUCUACGCGAAGGAGGUCACGAGGCUCUGGCGCGCCUGGCGGACGAUCCACGAGAUGGUGCAGGACAGGGGCUACGAGCUGGCCGAAGAAGAAGUCAAGAUCUCGCUCGACCGGUUCCGCGCCGAGUACACCAAUGACGAUGGCAGCCCGAACCGCGCGAAGAUGCAGUUCUCGGCCCGCCCGUCCGAAGCGAUGAUCAAGAAGUUCACGCCGCCGCCGACGGCCGCCAACCCGGACCCGGCGCCCGAGUGCGGCACGAUCUGGGUCGAGUUCUGCCCGGACAAGGGCUCGAUCGGCAUCUCUGUCAUGAAGAAGUUCGUGGAGCACUGCGCGCAGAACAACUUCCGCGCGGGCAUCCUCGUGACGGCGGUAGCGCUGUCGGCGCAGGCGCGCAAGGUCAUGACCGUCACCUCGCAGUUCACCCUGAUCGAGUGCUUCCUGGAGGAGGACCUGCUCGUCAAUAUCACCCACCACGAGCUCGUGCCCAAGCACGUGCUGCUCAGCCGCGAGGAGAAGGCCGCCCUGCUGAAGCGCUACCGCCUCAAGGAGACCCAGCUGCCCCGCAUCCUCAGCAAGGACCCCAUCGCCCGCUACCUCGGCCUGAAGAAGGGCCAGGUGGUCAAGAUCAUCCGGACGAGUGAGACCGCCGGCCGGUAUGCGAGUUACCGGCUGUGCGUGUGAAACAAAGGGGCGGCCAUAAUUCUAGGCGGAGAGGGCGGAAUCAAAGAUUGGUGGGAUGGAUAUGGUGGGACGGAUUGGGCUUGCGGCGUCAUUUUUUUUUUCUUUUCCUUAACAAAAACCAGGGCGUUUGAGUGAGUUUUGGUACGGCUCUGCUUUUGAUCAUAGUGCGGCGUUUGGGGAGGGAUUUGUUUUCUGUUCUAGAGGCAAUCUCAAGCUGGUCAUUUCCAUAUCCAAGAUUUGCGGGGAAACACAGCGUGGUCUCGCCGACAGGGAGUUGCGCAUGUCUGGCUGGAGUAGGGCAGUUAGUUGUCUAGAAAAUGCAUGGCUAUAUGCCUCACAAAAAAAAAAAAAAAAAAU